AUGGGUACCAGUACAAUGGGGAGCGAUCUACAUUCUGAUAAGCAAGACAAACUUUUGAAGCUGCAAGCUCGAAAGAAAGAAUUAGAACAAAUGCUAUCAUCUAAAAAUGAAGAACUAUAUAAGUUAUGCGUCCAAGAAGUUCAACUAACAGGUGUUAUGCCGCCCGAAGCUCCCUUAAGUCCAGAAGUGCCACAAAGAGAACGAUUGGGCAGUGUUCGAAGUACAGAGAGAUCUACGGAUGAUACUGACGUUCAAGAUGGGUCAGAAACAUCAUCACGCCGUAUUAGAAUCAUUCCUUCAGACCGUAUUACCGAUUCCGAUUCAAACACGCGUAAGAAUGUUUGCCAUAGAUUAUCCACUCCAUCUAUAUCAGGUAUGUCAGGGAAAAGUACACAUUCGAGACCCGUGCGUCGUCCGGAAACUAGUUGUUCAAACUUCUUUCCUUCACCCCCACAAGAGCGGAAUCCUGAAACUUUUUCUAUACAUACUUCUCACACUUAUCCUGCCUUAGCUGGUCGUCACGAUUCUGUGCCUGGUGAGAACAUUCAGAAUGAAUUGCAGCAGGGUCCUGUUUAUAGGCACCAUACUAUGUCAACGGAGUAUUCAAACAGAAUAUAUUAUAAUAAUCCUGUGGAGGCACAUAAUGUGUCUAGGUUAAAAGAGACUCACUUUAGUUCUAGUCAUCCCGAUAUUACUACGCACUACACACAUGGUGCAAUUACUCAUCAGCCUGUUCCACAACAAAAUGGCAUACGUAACACACCUCUUAUUUAUCAAUAUGCGUCACACUUAAAAGCUCAGAGUCACCAUUUAGGGGCUCUAGCUCAGCAUCAGAUGCAAAUGCAAUCUAAAAGGCGUAAUGAUGGUGUUCGUCGGAAUACGUUACAAAGGACCCAGACUUAUCACCUCACGUCACAUAGUGACUAUAAUCAGCAUUUAGAGAACAUGACAGAUUCAUAUAGGCCACCCCUACCCGUUUACCAACAUAGAUCCCAAAUGGAUGUUCAAGAACAGAUUUCAGAUAGAAUGCAUAUUCCCUUUGAAAGAUUGGUUGCAGUACCUAAUUCACUACCAUUGCGUGAAAGGAAUAUUAGGAACCCAAUUCAUAUGCAAUUACAAGUGUCUACGGAUGAUUAUGGAUUUGAUGAUAGAAAACAUUAUCCUGAUGCUUUGAGUCCUGUUAGUCAAAUGUCGGGGUAUUCACAAGGAAAUUUUGAUUCUGUAAGUAUGAACAAAUUUUCUCCACUCUCACAAGCCGAGACAAAAGUAAGAGAGAAGCAUUGGUAUGAGACGUCAUUGGAUUCACCUACAAAGCCUGAAGUGCCUCAAUUAAAGAAAACAUCAAGCUUAAAGCGCACUCCCAGCCUUGGUAACUCUCAGCCAUAUGAAGUAAUGAUUUCAUCAGGUAGGCAUUCAGCAAUGCAAAGUCCUCACUUAAUACCUCAUAGUUCACCAGUGCUGUCUCCGAGUGCAGUCUCUUUAGAGUCGCCCAAAAAUUUGACAGUUAUCGAGCAGGGUAAAUGCAUACCAUAUAGGGAAGAAACCAAGCCAUUUGAAAUGUCUGACUUUUAUAAAUACUCUACAAAGUUUAGGCAAGCAAAUGCCCAAAAAGUGCCUCCUAUGCCUGCACCUAACGCUAAUGUGAUAUAUAACAAAUUGCCAGUAGAGUUUUCCGAAUUUAGCCAAGAGCAUUGGCAUGGACAAACUAAUUAA